AGACUCAUAAAAACACAAAUGUUUCUGUAAAUGCUAUAUAUUUGAUAUACAAAAUGACUAUAGACCAAAAAACUCAGUAACAUAUGUGGUAUAAAAUAGUUUAGAGUUUACCUAUUUAGUGCACAGAACAGAAGUGACACAGUUCAAGUACGAAAAAAAGAAAAGAAAAAGAAACUUCUCGAGUCUCACACAAGAGUGCCACAAGAGUCCACCCUCCCCUCAAGUUGAAGACCACCUCCGAACCCACCACAGAGCUGCAGCUGUCCGUCCUACAGCAUCCCCAGCUUCACAACCUCACAGAAACAUCCCGGGCCCCUGAGCAAGAAAACUUGGGCAUGACACUUCAGUGUGAGGAUUGUAACACCCCAGAAACAGAUAUCACAGAGCUGACUGCCUAACUUAAACUCAAACACACAUUUGUUGUUGUGGACAUCAAGAAGACCGUCAGGUGGAGAGACAGAAGUCAGUCUGGGGAUUUUUUUUCUUUUAUUUAUUUUUAUUUUUUUACACCGGCUCCAGCAUGCAGGUGAUAACAUGUGCGUUGUUUACGCUCGUCACCCUCCCUAUCAGCGCCGUGUCUGAGGCUGACUCCUGCCCUGCUGUCUGCGAGUGCUCUGAGUGGAAGACUCACAUAAUCUCCUGCUAUGACAUUGAUAUUCUCCCCAGGUUUCCAGCAAGCACGGAGAGACUAUGGCUUUUUGAGACCCGUCUGUCAUCCGUGCCAACAGAUGCAUUUUCCAGCAUGGUCAACAUCUCAAGGAUACAUAUAUCAGUGGACGUGACACUGCAGAGACUGGAGAGGCACUCGUUCUACAGCCUGAGGAAAAUCACCCACAUAGAGAUACGUAAUGCAAAAAGUCUGACCUACAUCGACCCAGAAGCCUUUAAAAGUCUCCCAAACCUCAAAUACCUGGGAAUUUUCAAUACUGGCAUUACUUUCUUCCCCGACUUGAGCAACAUCCGCUCUAAUGACAUGAACUUCAUACUGGAAAUUGCUGAUCAUCCGUACAUCACUGAGAUCCCGAGCAACUCAUUCCGUGGCAUCACCAGUGAUGUGCUGACAGUGAUGCUGUAUGGAAAUGGCUUCAGAGAAAUCCAACAUCAUGCCUUCAAUGGGACCAAGCUUGAUCAAGUCGACCUUCACAGGAAUAAGUAUCUUACCAAGAUGGAUGAAAGGGCUUUUGCGGGCACCAUCAGCGGCCCCAUGCUUCUAGACGUGUCCCUAACAGGGAUCACCUCCCUCCCGACUACAGGUAUGGAUUCUCUCCGGGAGCUGAAGGCACGAGAUGCCUGGGCCCUCAAGAAACUGCCGCCCAUUAAAACAUUCAAACACCUCACCAUCGCUAACCUCACCUACCCGAGCCACUGCUGCGGCUUCAAAAACCUCAAAAAGAAACGAGGCUUUUUGGAGUACAUCAUCUGUAACCUGACUGCUUUCUACGACCAGCAUCACAAGCGCUCUGUGGGGCCCCUCCGCAUUCCUUCCCUCCAAGGGGACAGUGUUGUGGAAACAGUCCCAGACCAGGAACCAAACGACGGAGGCCACAGAGAGUCCCAACAAGACUGGAGGAGAGGUGACUUCCAUGGCAGCCUCCAUUACCACGCCUACUUUGGGGGUCAGCCAGAUGAGGAUGUGGGUUUUGGAGAGACCCUCAAGAACCCCCAGGAGGAUACUAGCCAAGACUUUGACAGUCGUUAUGAUUAUGUGGUGUGUGAGGAAGGGGAGGAGGUGGCGUGUGCACCAGUGCCCGAUGAGUUCAAUCCUUGUGAGGACAUAAUGGGUUUUGGCUUCCUGCGAGUGUCGGUGUGGUUUGUGAGUCUGCUGGCUAUUCUGGGAAAUGUGGUGGUGCUUCUGGUGCUGCUAACCAGCCACUACAAGCUCUCAGUCUCCCGCUUCCUCAUGUGUCACCUGGCCUUUGCAGAUCUUUGCAUGGGGAUUUAUCUGCUGCUUAUCGCCUCUGUAGACCUCCACACACGAGCAGAGUAUUUCAACCACGCCAUAGACUGGCAGACGGGCCCCGGCUGUGGACUUGCAGGGUUUUUUACGGUCUUCGCGAGUGAGCUGUCUGUUUACACCUUGACAGUGAUCACUCUGGAGAGGUGGUACGCCAUCACCUUUGCAAUGCGGCUGGAUCGUAAGCUGCAUCUGCACCACGCGGCAGUCGCGAUGCUAGGCGGCUGGAUCUUCUGCCUCCUUCUGGCUCUGCUCCCACUGGUUGGGGUGAGCAGUUACCAGAAGGUCAGCAUCUGUCUCCCAAUGGACACCCAAUCCAGAGUGGCUCAGGUCUACAUCUUGUCAGUUCUGGUCCUCAACAUCCUGGCCUUUUUCGUUAUCUGUGCUUGCUACUUCAAGAUCUACUGCGCAGUGCACAACCCUCACUACCGUUCUGGAUCCAAGGACACCAACAUCGCCAAGCGCAUGGCUGUCCUCAUCUUUACUGACUUCUUGUGUAUGGCACCCAUCUCUUUCUAUGCCAUGUCAGCCGUGCUGGACCGGCCCCUCAUCACUGUCUCCAACUCCAAGAUUUUAUUGGUGCUAUUCUACCCGCUCAAUUCCUGUGCCAACCCGUUCCUCUACGCCAUCUUCACUAAGGCCUUCAGGGGGGAUGUGUUCAUCCUUCUCAGUAAGGUGGGCCUUUGUCAGCAACGGGCACAACUAUUCAGAGGACAGACGGUCUCAUCAAAGGGCAGCAGCGGGACAUCUCAGGUCCGCAGAGACAAGGAUAAGGUUAGGAAAGGUGGAAGUGGAGGUCAGGAAGAGGUGCCCAUCCACCUGAAGAAGUGCUCCGGACAUACCUACCAGCAGGCAGUCUGCCAGAAGACAAACCCAGAAGAGAGCCAGAGCCUGAACACGUGAGCAAAACACCAGCCUGCAAGACAGGUUCAGGUGUGAGGAGAGGCCUUGAAGUGUUUGUGGACAGAUCUGUUUGGAUAUUUAACAGAAAGCUCUGUAUUCUGUAUCUGCUUCACUUUUCAGGCCAAGUUCAGCUGUUUUCGCAAUUUGGGCUGUGAUGAUUUUAUGGUUCGAGUUGUUGGAGAAUAUCAAGUGUCACUGAAAUAUGAGCCAGACUUCAUCUCACUUAUAGUCUUUUGUAUUUGAAGGGAUUGACUAGGAUAGAGAAGAGAUUAUUAAACUCAAACAUUCAUAUAUUAACAUAUUUUUUCCAUUAUCUUUAAUUAUAUAUUGAGUUUAAUUAAUUAUUAAUUAUCUCUGCACAGUCUGGCGUUGAUAUACAGUUAUAUAUAACAGAUUUUCUUCAAGUACUUCAUUUCCCUGUGUUAUGUAAACUUUUCUGAGGAGCUCUAUUUAUACUUGGUUAGCAUGGAUUCACACAGGAUCAGGUGCUACGGGAAAAACUGAGGUCUUUUCAUUCAUUUCAGUGGGGGUCGUGCAUUUCUGCACCAGCAGUCCGCCACGCAGGGGUUACCGCAAAAACCGCACCGCCGUGUGGGAGAGAAGUUGAUCCAAAUCCAACUUUGGGGAAAACGGAGCUUCACAUCAAGCUCUGCAAGCCAAUCAGACACUCAGAUCAGUCAAACCUCCACAGACAGCCUGAAAUGUC